GCGUUAGGACAACAAACAAAACAAAUAAAAUAUACUGAAACGGUGUGGUGCAUCUGCUGUUUUCGUAUAUAUUUGUGUGUAGCCGCGAGGAUAUCGAAAUAGCCUAACUGUGCUGGUAUACGGAAAUAUGAAGAGACGGAAUGCCGAGUGCGGGAAAAUCAGACGACCCGGCAAGCGAGCAAAAAUAACUGAAGGCAUUUACGGCAGCACGUUUGUGUACAUCAAGUUCCUCCUUCUGUGGGCACUGCUGCUGCUGGCCGACUUCAUCCUGGAGCUGCGCUUUGAGUUCCUCUGGCCCUUCUGGCUGCUCCUGCGCAGUGUGUAUGAUUCGUUCAAGUACCAGGGACUGGCCUUCUCGGUGUUCUUUGUGUUCAUCGCCCUCACGUCAGACAUGAUCUGCUUCCUCUUCCUGCCCGUCCACGUCCUUUUCUUUGUGGCCAGCACGUAUGUGUGGGGGCAGUACGUCUGGCACACAGGUAUGGCUGAACGGGGUAUCUGUCUUCCGACCCUGUCGCUGUGGCUGUUUUUCAUGUACAUAGAAGCAACAGUGCGGCUCAAAGACAUAAAAAACACGGCCUUCCACUUAGAUCUGUGCAGGCCAUUUGCAGCACAUUGCAUAGGUUAUCCUAUGGUUACAAUGAGUUUCUGUGUCAAAAGCUACAUUGGCUACAGGAUGCGACUUAGAAAGCAGAAAGAAGUGGCCAAGGAGAACGACUUCUACCUUCAGCUCUUACAGCAGGCGUUGCCUCCAGAACCUCCUAGUAUAACGUCGAGCAGCUCUGACAAAACGCUGUGCAAGCUGGGCGAGGAAAGCCCCCCGGCCAGCAACGGGUUCCUGGGGAGCCGCAAGGCACGGUACGCGGAGGCUGACGUCAAAGGCCACUCAACUGCGCCAACAGACAAGCACGAGUUUGAGUGCCAGCAGGCAGCCGACGCAGAAGGCAGCACAGCACCGCCGCCACGCCGCACAUCCAGUGUGAACGACUUUGAUGCCAGCACCGAUGAAGUGCGUGACAAGACUGCUUUCAAAGUGAACGGCGUUUGCAGCAAUGGUGGCAGCGGCGUGUUGUCUCCCAGCGUCACGGCGCGGUCAUCCAAGUGGAACCAGCAGCAGCAGCAGGCCAACUGCGUGAAGGAGGCGGUGUCAACUGCCUCCAGCGGCAGCACAAGCCGGCGAGCAGCCAAGAACAACUGCACGACAACAAACAACAAUCUGAGCAGUUCGUCGCUCACAGCGACGCCACUUGCUGUUGCAGGCCACCAUCCUAGGGAUGAGCACUAUCAGAGGCUGGAGGCCGAUGUCAAGCGGCUCAAGACAGACCUGCAGGCGAGUCGACAGAUGGAGCAGGAGCUGAGGUCACAGCUGCACAACCUAAGUGCGGGGGAGCGGUCCGUCAAGAACGAGCUACUCCAGCUACAGCAGGAUAACGAGAGCCUGCAGAACAAGCUGCACAACCUAGUGACAGCGCGGCAGCAGGACAAGUCCAACGUCAGCCUGCUGGAGAAGCGGCUGCAGGAGGAGAGGAAGCUGCGCAGUGUCUUGGAGACGCAGCUCAGCCAGGAGCGCAAGGCCAAGAAGGCUGAGGAGGCCGCAGCUGCACGGGCAGCAGUCGCCAUGGCCACAGCGAGGAGUGAGUGUACAGAGAGCUGCAAAGCGCGGCGGCGAGACCUCGAGAACGACGUGCGGCAGCUCAGGAGAGACCUCAAGGUCCGAGAGGACCAGAUGCGUGCCAUGGAGCGGGAGGCGCAAUCUCUGCGGCAGUACAAAGACUCUAUUGGGGAUACGGAGAUCCUCAUGUCUGCACUGUCAGCCAUGCAAGACAAAAACGCACACCUGGAGAACUCACUCAGCGCAGAGACGAGGUUAAAGAUGGAUCUCUUCUCGGCACUUGGCGAGGCAAAGCGGCAGCAAGAGAUUUGCCAAGCAAUGCUGACGCACAAGGAGAAGGAGGUCGAGGACCUGAAGACCAAGAUAGCUGAGGUGAUGGCGGUGAUGCCCGCCACCAGCACCUACCCGGUGUCACCCGCGUCCGUGCCGCUAGACUCAGAGCUGGUGUCGUCCCUCCUGUACAGCCCCAAGUUCAUCACGGCACCUUGCCCCGCCACCGAGGAGAAGAAAAUCCCAAAGUCCAACCUGGACCCAAAUGCCUCCGUCUACACGCCCAAGAUGGUCCCUUCCGACCACUGAGCACUUUUCGCCUCACUCAACCAACACACACACACUCCGACAUGCCACCGCUUUCUCUUCUCCCCACCUUGAAUGGUUUGUUGUACUUCCCCCCUAAGGUGGCUGGAAAUCGUUAAAAAAAAAACAUUUGUUGACAUACACGAAUGCAACAUUUAUCAUUAUUAAUGGCCCGAAAGCGAAGAGCAUAUGAUGAGGCACUACCAUCUGGCACUAUCACUGCUGAUGGCCGGCGAGGCAUCGCAGCAGCAAAAGGAUAUAUAUAUAUAUAUAUAUAUAUAUAUAUAUAUAUAUAUAUAUAUAUAUAUAUAUAUAUAUAUAUAAAAAACGAGUAAAGAACAACUGCUGGUGCCUUGUCCUCUUCUGCCUCGGGUGGUUAAUAAUCAUAACUGUGUCUUCUUCGUAGCUGUGGCCUCCUAUAGUUGUGGGAGCCAAGGUGAGCAAACACACGUGCUUUUUUUUUUUUUUUGUGCAUGGAGACGGAGGAUGUUUGUCACAGACUAUCGCUGCAUCCAUUUCACUGUGCAUCCCCCCUUCCCCUUUCCUUCUCACCUUUUUUCUGCCCACCUCUUUCACGCCUGUGUUGUGUGCAAGUGUGUGCAUCUCGAGAGCCUACACGGCAAGUGUGAAUUUUGUGCCCCUCCACCUGUGCUUUGUGGGUUUCGAAAAGAUUGGCCAUCAUUAUCAUCGUUAUUGCAUUUGCUUCUGGGGCUAAUUUCUCAAUUAUCAUCAACCCCUGGCCAGCCACUCGCACAUUCAGAUUGUUCAGAUUCUCUCGUCCCUGCCCUCUCUGUUCUUUUGUCUGCUGCUGCGGAAGUGAAUGUCAUUAAGCUUGUCAUUCAUGCUCUUUCUUUGCUACGGGGAAGCACAUGCUUAAUUCGAUCUACUGCAAAAAAGCUGCACAAUGCUUUCUGGUGUCUUUCUAACACAUUGGUGUGAAAGCCUUUCCUGCGUGCCAGCUGUCCCCAGCUUUGCAAGCACUGCUGCUAUGCGUGGCUCAUGUAAUGUCCAUGUCUUUUUUGGAAUGGACGACUUGCCUGUUCCUUCUUUUUUUCUUUGUAUCCUCAUUAUAUCCUUUUCCCCUCUCCCCUGGGCUCUAAAGAGAAAAUGCAGUCUUCUUUUUUCUUGUUCCUUUGUUCUUUUUUGUACGCACAUUUUAGCUUGUUCACACAUCUGCCUGAUGGUUGUACAAAAGGGGUAACUUAUUUUUUUGUGUUCUCAUCAUACAUGAGUGCCAUUGAGAAAAAAGAGCACUUGACAAGGACGGCCAGCCAGCUGAUAAAAUGUCGCUGUUAGGACAGGAAGCUUGCACUGGGGCAAAGAACCUAGAGUUCCUUCGCACACAGUGAGGAAAAAAAGAAACGACUUGUGCCAAGACAAAGCCUGUCGCACACUUGCAGUUUGCAUUUAUUUUCUGUUCUUGCCCUAAUUUCUUUUUUUAUGCUGAACUGUUGUGGCUCGAAUAUUGAGCCCAUCUUAUUUUCUUAUUUUUUUCCCUCUUUUCUUUUUCAGUACUACUGCUUGUUAUUGGACACAACACUGAAGAAAGAAAGGGUCCCAGUGACAUUACUUUUUUAUUAUUAUUUCAAGCUUGUCUUUUGGCAGUUUGCUCUUCUUUCACAUUCAUUGCUAUUUUAAGUUUAUAAGUUUAUGAUCAGGUCAUGAUCUCAUUGUCAUCUCACAUGCAUACCAUCACAUUCAUGUACAAUACGCGCCUGUUUCAAAUGCACCUUUUCCCUGCCCUUUGGCUCCCUGCCCAAGUCCCCCUCCCCGCCCUUGCCAUCCACAAAUACCCCCUCAUGACCCCCUUUUUGUCUAGUCUUGCCCUCCACCAUUUCGAGAGGUCACAUUGUUUUCUUUUUUUGUUCUUCAAGAAGAAAUGAAGAACUAAAUUUGGGCAGCUCAGCCUCAAUGGGCUAUCAGGCCAGCGUGUGAAGAAAACCAAGAAUCUGGUGGUAUGCUGGAACUUCAGGCAUUUUUAUUUAAUGCAUUGGAGAAAUGCUUUCAUCAAAUCAGUGGGUUCUGCAAGUUUAUUUUUUGGCUGUACAUAUAUAUUCUCCCCCCCCCCCCUUUUUUUUUUAAUAGAUACUGUGUACUGCUGUAUGGGACAGGGACAUAAAAGGUUCUCUGAACAUUCCAGCGUACAGCUUGCUGAAUACAGGGUUUAUGAAGUACUGCCAGGUCUUAGAACUCCUUCCAAAGAAAUGUGGCACGUAUAAAUAAAGAACGCGGUCACGAUAGCCUGGUCUAUCUUAAUAUAAAGGCUAUAGCAGUGGUCUCGCUUCAAGGAACUACCUUGUCUAGAAUGUAAAGCUCCGGGAAGUAAGAUGUCCAUUGAGUGCUGAGCUUUAUUGUUUUUUGUUUUGUUUUUUCUUUGCACGGGUUGCAGUGUGCACUGCAGCUGGCAUUGUCAACACUGUGUGUUUCGAACUUCACCCCACCCCCCCACCCAACCCCUUCUAGCCCAUGUCCCUUGCAUCUACUUACGGAGAGCAAGCAGUGGGUUUCCAGCCAAUGAUGACAUCUGUCUGUGGUUUAUGUGAUGCGCCCUAGAGUAAACGAAAGAGAAAAAACUUUCAAGGAGGAAUAAAAUGUGGCUUCCUCGGC